UCAGACUUGCGGUUAUCAGUAACUAGAGUGAAACAAUAAAAAACAAUUGUGUAUUUAUGUAAUUUUGCAGUAGUGGUUUGUUGUUCGUUCAGUAACAACAUUCCGUGAAAAUGGCAACUCAAAAAUUCGAUUCGAAUUGUAUGACUUUAACUAGAUUUGUGUUGGCCCAACAAAAAAAAUAUCCCGAAGCUACAGGAAAUCUAACACAACUUUUGACUGCGAUACAAACUGCUGUUAAAGUUGUUAGCUGUGCUGUAAGGAAAGCCGGAAUAACACAACUAUUCGGUACUGUAGGAGAAACCAAUGUACAAGGAGAAGAAGUUAAAAAACUAGAUGUCCUGUCUAACGACCUUUUUAUUAACAUGCUUAAAUCUUCGUUUACAACAUGUCUUUUGGUUUCAGAAGAAAAUGAUCAUAUUAUUGAAGUAGAGACACACCAACAUGGUAAAUAUGUGGUCGCUUUCGACCCAUUGGAUGGUUCGUCCAAUAUAGACUGUUUAGUAUCGAUAGGAUCAAUCUUUUCCAUUUUCAAAAAGGAAACCCCUGGUAAACCCGUAAAACAAGACAUACUACAACCCGGAAAUAAAGUUGUAGCGGCCGGAUAUGCCCUUUACGGAAGUGCUACCAUGAUGGUUCUGGCAUUGGGAGACUCUGUAAACGGAUUUAUGUUGGACCCAUCGAUUGGUGAAUUUAUACUCAGCGAUGAAAACAUGAGAAUACCAAACAGGGGAAAAAUUUAUUCUAUCAAUGAGGGUUAUUUUCACCAAUGGGAACCAGCAAUUAAAGAAUACGUUCAAAACAAAAAAGAUCCGUCUAAAGGAAAACCAUACGGCGCCAGAUACGUUGGAUCCAUGGUCGCUGAUGUACAUAGAACCAUCAAAUACGGAGGAAUAUUUUUAUACCCUGCUACAUCAGCUUCCCCAAAGGGAAAGGUGAGGCACUAGUCAAUAUUUUCCUAUU